AUGGUUUCAGAUAAGCCUAUUCGUAUUGGUUGUUAUAGCGCUUUUUGGGGUGAUUCUGUUACUGCAGCAGAACAACUAGUUAGACUAGAGAAAGGCGCGUUAAACUAUUUAGUUGGAGACUAUCUUUCUGAAGUGACAAUAGGAUUACUUGCACGUAACCGUAAUCAGAAAUCAACAGAUCGUAAAAGUUUAAAAGGUGCAAGCCAGGGUGGUUACAUUUCCGAAUUUCUCACCUAUGUCCUACGGCCUCUACUACACGAAAUUGUCAAAUAUAAUAUUAAAAUAGUUACUAAUGCCGGAGGUUUGGAUCCUUUAGCAUGUAAAUCAGCAAUUGAAAGUUUAGUCAAAGAUCUUGAUCUUGAAGGCAAAGUAAUUGUUGCCGCGGUUACUGGUGAUGAUAUUUUGGAUAAAGUGCAUAAUGACAAUGAAUUACUUAAAUUUUCUCAUAUUCAAGGAAAUUCUGAGGAUACUGAAUGGUUUCCACUUGGCGAUAAAAAAGUUAUUUCACUUAACACAUACCUUGGUGCCAUUCCAAUUGUUAAAGCAUUAAAAUCAGGUGCUAAUAUUGUGGUUACUGGCCGUUGUGUAGAUAGUGCGUUGGUACUAGGUCCAUUAAUUCAUGAAUUUAGUUGGGAUCCUUAUAAUGACUGGGAUUUGUUAGCUUCUGGAUCAUUAGCUGGGCAUAUUAUAGAAUGUGGGUGUCAAGCAACUGGUGGUAAUUUUACGGAUUGGAGAAAAAGUGCCUUUUCACCUGAUGGUGGAUGGAAUAAUAUGGGAUAUCCAAUUGUCGAAUGCUUCAAAGAUGGUGAAUUUUUUGUUACUAAACCCAAGAAUACUGGUGGACUUGUAACACCAGCGACAGUUGGUGAACAAAUGGUAUAUGAAAUAUUAGAUCCCGGCGCAUAUAUUUUGCCAGAUGUAAUUUUGGACCUGAGAGGUGUAAAGUUAAAGCAAGUAGGAGAGAAUAAGGUUUUGGUUACUGGUGCAAAAGGUCGAGCACCAACAAAGUAUUUGAAAGUUUCUGGAAUUUACUCGGAUGGAUAUAAAAUGACUGGACAACUAGUUAUUGGCGGCAUUGAUGCAAGGAGUAAG